AGAGUUUAUCAUUCGCUUUUUUGUUCGACUUGAAUUCUACGUGUAGCAGUUCUCGUUACAAUGGCUCCUCCUGCGAAAAGUUCCGGUAAAGCUAUCAAGAAGGCCGGUAAGGCCCAGAAGAAUAUCAAAAAAGAUGACAAGAAGAGAAAACACAAGAAAAGGAAAGAAUCGUACGCCAUCUACAUUUACAAAGUGUUGAAACAAGUCCAUCCAGAUACUGGAGUCAGUUCCAAGGCUAUGAGCAUCAUGAAUAGUUUCGUGAAUGACAUUUUCGAAAGAAUUGCCGCCGAAUCUAGCCGAUUGGCCCAUUACAACAAACGGUCCACGAUCACUAGCCGGGAAGUUCAAACAGCUGUUCGUCUAUUGUUGCCUGGAGAAUUGGCAAAACACGCUGUUUCCGAAGGUACCAAGGCUGUAACCAAGUACACGAGCUCCAAGUAAAUCAACUGCAAUUGCAGUACAUUAAAACGGCCCUUUUCAGG